AUGGAGGCUGAAGCUUUGAUUGUGAAACUGCCGACAGACUUCGCAGGAUGGGCCAUCAGUUUUCGGGGCGAGGAGCACCGACGGGAGAAGGGCGAGGCGGGCCCGCUUGGUGGCCGCGGCCAGGGGAUCCACUUGCAUGCGGCCACCACUGCAGCAAAGUUCCGCAUGGAUGGCCCAAAGGACAAUAUGGCCAUCCGCAAGCAUGGCGACGAAGACCUUGCCAUGGAGGUGGCACAUCGAAAGAUGAUCCCCAACAGUGACGUUACCUUUUGGUGCGUAGGGUUGCAUGAGCCCCACAGAGAGUGGGCCUGCCGGUUCUGCAUGAACGACGACGGCACGAUCUCUCCUUGUGACAAGGGCAAUCCCUGCAAGGAUGUGGUCAUUGGCGUGCACUUAGGAGAGGGCUGGAAGCGCACGGGCCUGGUGCUGGUCCAUCGCGAGGACACAAAGCGCCGUUUGGUGUUCUUCCAAGGCUCUGAGCUGAAGGCACACGUCGCUGACCUCGAUGAGGCCGCUUCAAGGGUGGAUGCCACGAAGGAGCACAGGCUCAUCAUCACCGCGCCGAACCUCCCAUGGAUAGGCCCAGGACCGCUUGGUGUUUGUAUUCGGGGCAGCAUGACCACAGUCGCAAACGGCCGCAUCUUCAAUCUGAAAGUCGGCAAGGCUGCCGAUGCUGCGGUGGUUGCUUUCGACGGCUUGGAGACGGAGUGCAUGGCCGUGCGCUUGCAUGAAGACCGGGAGUUCGGAUUCGAAGUUGCGCACCGAAAGAUGGAGCCAGGCUCGGGCGUGAUUCUGUGGGACUGCGACAGGAAGCACCGCGCGGUCCAGUUCGCUUUUGGAGCAGAUCGAUCUCUGUGCCCAUUUGGCUUUGCUGGGGUGGCAAUUGGCAUCAAACCCAAUAUGGACAGGUUGGAGUUAGUUCGGUCCGAUGACCCCAUGCGCCUCAGAUUUCAGACGCAAGAGGAGGAGGAGGCCACCGCGAAGCUGCUGCGCGAGGAAGCGGCGGCGGCAAAGGCUGCUUUAGCAGCGCUCGAGGAUGCUGCACUUGCUCGCUGCAACACGGAGAUGUUCGAGCGACUGCGCCUUGAUGGCUUCGUGCACAUUCCCAACGUUGUGCCGCGCGAGCUUGUCCUUGCUGCGAGGAAGGAAAUCAACCGGCAGCUGGGAACGGCAACGGGUGGGACCGAUCAGUUCAAGGACAUGUGCAUCAAGGACAGCGUGGAGAGCGAUUUUCAAAACUUCGAGCGCAUCCGUCAAGGUUGGCAUAUAGAUGGAACGCCUUCGAGCUUCAUUCCCGGUGUGACGGACCACUGGGGAAAGAUCACCAACUUCGAUGCCUUGGUGGGCGUGUUGCUCAGCGACACUGAUGCGAACAUGAGCGGUGAGCUCUGCUGCUACCCUGGCUCCCACAUGGACUUAGCCGGAUAUUUCAAGCAGAACGGCCUGGACGACGUGGCAAACAAAGGUGCCGCGGGACUCCCCACGGGACAGAAAACAGACAGCGUGUUGCGGAAGCCGCUGAUCCACUGCAAUGGGAAAGCUGGCGAUGUCUUCCUGGCCAACUACAUGGUGGCCCAUUUCAUUGCCCCAAAUACGUCCCAAGACAUCCGCUAUGCCGUGUACUUCCGUAUCCGUGGGCCCUCCUUCGAUCUGGAUCCUCUCAACAAGGAGAGCAUGCUGGAUCCGCUGAUGAACUGGAGUCUGGAUGGGCCGCAGCCGCCAAAGAAGCCGUCUGCCAAGCCUUCGUUGAGACGUGCGGCCACCAUCGAAGAUGCUGAGCUCAUGAACGAGGUCUUGGACUACUAUUCCGCAGCGAAUAACGAUCACACCGUGCCCACAUGA